UUUUGUUGCGCCCGUGCUUUAGUUAUUCCGUAAUUUUCCGUUUAUUCUGGUAUAUGAUCUAAGAAGCACAUGGUUGUUUAGUGGUUGUCAAUGUCUCCUGGUUUUGUGUUUCUGUUCACUCUUCUUCUUGCCGCAGUUGCCGGACCUCAAUCUUUCCUUUUGCCACGUAUUGCCAGUCAAUCAUCGGUAGCUGUAAUGUAUUUGAGCAUCACCGUAGUGAAUGAAGUAGUCAUAGUUCCAUGGACUAUCAUUCAACAAGAAGAUGAUGUAUCAUUUGCUGCACUGUUUUUACGGAUCCAAAGUGGUGCUAUGAGUACUGUUGCCAUAACAGAGCACCUGGCUAGUUCUUCACUACAAAAGGUACUUGUAGGGCUUUCACAGUCAAGAGAUGCUCAAUUUAAUGUAGUAGAAGCUAGCCAUUCAGUGAGAGGUGUUUGCUCCAUAUUUGGUUCAUUUAUUAAAUUUAUUGUAAUAUUGAAAUCAAAAGACGAAGUUAUGAUUGUCGAACCGUCUAGUCAAACCCUGCAGCAUCGAUUUCCAUCAUCUGUUGUUGAAAAAACCCGGAAAGACAAGCUUUAUAAUAAGAUAGUGAGUUUUUGUAUUGCUGGCAAUUACAGUUGGGAGGAUCCUGCUACAUAUGGUAAACCAUUUGUAUCAGAUUUAUGCAACACGUUAUGGUAUAUUGAUGGCCACCAUGAUGUGUUUUCCAGCCGAAGCUGUCCAAUUCCAUCCUUUUUUUCGUCAUUUACAGGUUUUAACAGACCUGAAUUGAGUAAACACAGAAAGCGCUCAAUUUCUAAUAUGUGCAGAGACAGGCUUCUCGAGUUGUCUUCAGUAUUACAGGACCACGUCACUAGUAGCUGGAUAGAAAAGAGCAAUUGGACUACUUUCAAGCAGCCUUUGAUACAACUGAUUGAAUCUCUUUCGUCUUAUGCUUCUUAUUUAAGUAUUCGUAGUAAAGCUAUGAAGUUGCAUCACUCCUCCUCCUCUCCUUCAGUUAAUUUUUCAGAUGCAUCUGCGGUAAAAUAUUUACCCAAGUCCUUGUCAAUAUCGUCACUUUUAUCUCGGCUUGAUUCAGCUGUAUGUAAUACUGAUUAUGUAUCAAGCAAUACAUGUGAAUGAUUAUUUGCCUAAAGAACCACGCCCAAAGUAUCUUUGUAUUCGAGAAUUAGAGAAAGGUCUCUCGUGUCCUGUAUUUUUUUUCACUUACACCCAUGGAUCAAAUGUGGGUAACUAUCAUUUCAUUUGGAAAGCUCCUGACCAUGUGAGUGUUGAAGCUUGUACUACGGAGAAUAUGCGAGUUGUUGGUACCAUUAAAAAAGAAAUACCCACUUUUCACACACGUGCAAUGAGACGACAGUUCUUUCAUCUCGUUGGCCGUAUUUCUCCAAAGAGCAAACCACAUCUUCUGCGAGCCAUGUAUCAGUCGUUAACUGGAGAUCAAUCUGCAGCUCGAACUACUGCUGAACAUGAAAUAGAUGAGCGUGUUUCUGAAUUUUUGUCAAUGGAGGACCCUGAUGUGAUUGUUGAUUUACGUGAGUUAAAUGCUAAUGGUAGAGAUUGUUUCAAAGUUUUUUGGGAAAAGUGUGCACUGUAUUUGUCUGAGUGUACUUCAGUGCAAGAGCGAAGGCAUGAUUCUGUAGUCUAUAUGGCUAAGGCCAUUUCAAUUCGUGAUUUAAUUCAAGAAGUAACUAAGCUCUGCCCAGAGGGUACUUCAAUACCUUCCAUAUCAUGGGUACAGCUGAACUUUUGUCCUAGGAAUCCACGUGCCUCUUCUUCAGCAAGAUAUACUAGUCGUUUGGAAGCAAAGCAUGUUAUACAGAAACGCCAGUUUCGUAAGUCACACCCAGAUGCUCAUUAUUGUGCCUCCUUAUUUCGCUAUAUGAGGGAAUAUGCUAUUAAAUAUAGGGACAUCUCUUGUUUUGUCUGCAUUGAUGAUAAGCAUAGUAUCAAGGUAGGAGAGCCGGGAUUUCCAAUUGCUGCAGCUGAAAGAGGACGCCAAGUCAUAGUUUCAAGUCAUACUACUUUUGCUGUUGGAGAUCAUGACUUUGCUAAGUUUAAACUAACUCCAAGUGUUAUUUUGCUAGUACAUAUUCCUGAAUUUAUUGAUAUGUCAUUUUAUACCGGAGAAGUAUUCAUUGGCUUUAAAGAAACAGUUUAUGAACCCUCUUCACCAAUACGGCAUGCUACUGAGUUAUAUAAUUGCCUUUUAACUCGAAUGGAAGGUCGACAUAUCUUGUUUAUCUAUUCUGAUGGAGGGCCAGACCAUAGAUUGACUUACUUAAGUGUCCAACUUUCUCUCAUAGCUUUAUUUUUGAAUUUGGAUUUAGAUGUAUUAAUUGCAGGACGGACAGCACCCUCACAUUCAUGGGCUAACCCAGUGGAGCGAAUCAUGUCAAUUGUCAAUCUUGGCAUACAAUGCAUUGGAAUAAUGAGAAGUCCUGGAAGUAAUGAGUUUGAAAAUUGUGUUACAAAAUGUAACAGCCUCAAAGAUCUUAGAGAAGCCUGCACGUCUUUUAAAGAGGACAUUACUAAUUCACUUAAAGAACCAAAGGAUCUACUAUCUAGCAUUAUGGUUCGUUUGGAAUUGAAAGGAGAGAAGUUUCGUGUAUUUGAGAGUGCUACAGAGCAAGAAAUUGAAGAUUUCUGGGAAAUUCUGCUCACUAUAGAUUCAUCAUUGACAAGAGAAGACACAACUCAGAAGUCAUUGGAGAAACUUCAGUCAUUAUCUCAGUUUAUUUUACAUUGUUGUACCUUUCACAAGUAUUCUUUGACGAUUCGGAAAUGUGGAGAGGAAGGUUGUACUGUAUGUCGUCCUGUCAAAAUGUCGUCUCAAGUUUUUUCUGGUAUUCAUGAUUUACCUAGUCCAAUUUAUAAUGAUGAUGGACAUUAUGCUGAUUUUUAUGAUGUUUAUGGUCAAUCGCCUACAGAAGACCUCAUUCCUAGUAAUAUGCAGCAGAAGAAUAAGAAGACUCUACCAUUUAAUGCUACACAGCAGCAUGUAAGGAACGUUAAUCUUCUCAUACAAUGUGAAGAGUGCAAAAUGUGGAGGCUUUUAUUCUCGAAGAAGAAGCUGAGUAAGAACUUGGUAGUAGAAUUGGAAGGAAUUUUGGAAGAUUUGUCAUAUACAUGUGGAGCUAAUUUUGAUGAUUUAGAAUUGCCUGAAUCCUUAAAGUCUGUUUGCAUUAGGCUACAUUCUUGUUUUGACCCAAUAGAAAAGUUGUAUUAUAGUAGUGGUUUUGAACCUAUCUGUUUCUAUUGUGCAGGAUCAGUUAAUGAGAGUUCUGAAGAUGAGGAGUCUUUAUACUAUCCUCAGUGUGGCCAGUGUCUUGCACGCCCAAGAGUCAAGAAGAUUAAUAGAGCAAAGAAAUAACAUUUUGGUUCUUAAUGAAAAAU